GUCAAAAGCGGGUCAUAUUGCAACAAUUCCUCUUUAUGAGCAAAGAACUGUUACUGCGGAUUGGUAUAGCACCAUUUGUUUGCCAAAAGAUUUCUUUACUUUCCCGAAAAUUAACAACAGACUGCGUAGUAAAAGGUUCCAGUCACCAGAAGAAGCAGUUGACGCAUUCAAAAAUGCCGUUUUAGAUCUGCCAGCAAACGAGUGGAAUAAGUGCUUCGAAAAUUAGUUCGAGCGCAUGCAGAUGUGUAUUAAUCUUUAUGGAGAAUAC